UGAGAGAGAAAAAAAGAGAACAACGGUUAAGAAAGAUAAUGUGUCCUGUCUGGAACAACCACAUGAAAACCAACUCAAUUUUUCAGUUUCUGUUCUGUAAAUUAUAUUCCUUCUCCUUCCAAUAAUUUCAAACCAAUUUUCUUCUAACUUACUACUUUCAUCCUAAAUUCUUGUUGUGUUUCUCUUUCUUAACAACAAUGUCUCAACUCCACCAUUCAUAGUUCAACAACAACAAAAACAUAUUUUACUUGUUACUUUGCUUCCAUGGCUUCAAAAUCAAGUACUAGAUCAAAACCAUCCGACAAUUCCAACAAAGCACCACCGGCAACACCAAAAGUAAGUAAAGUUAGCAAACCAGUGACCAAAUCAGCAUCUGAGUCGCCAUCUCCGUUGCAAAAUUCACGUCUUUCUGUUGAAAAAUCGCCACGAUCUGUGAAUUCAAAGCCCGCUGUUGAGCGGAAAUCAGCAAAAGCUACCGCCACCCCACCUGAUAAACAAGCUCCAAGAGCUGCAAAGGGUUCAGAGUUGCAGAAUCAGUUGAAUGUAGCUCAAGAAGAUCUAAAGAAAGCAAAGGAGCAGAUCCUUCAGGCUGAGAAGGAGAAGGUAAAAGCUAUUGAUGAGUUGAAAGAAGCACAAAGAGUGGCCGAGGAAGCAAAUGAGAAGCUCCAGGAAGCAUUGGUGGCUCAAAAGCAGGCUAAAGAGGAAUCCGAGAUUGAAAAAUUCCGAGCUGUUGAAUUGGAACAGGCUGGAAUUGAGACUGUGAAUAAGAAGGAAGAAGAAUGGCAAAAAGAGCUUGAAAGUGUGAGGAACCAGCAUGCCUUGGAUGUGGCCAGUCUUGCCUCAACCACUGAGGAGCUUGAGCGGGUUAAACAAGAACUCACCAUGAUGUGCGAUGCUAAAAACCAGGCAUUAAAUCAUGCUGAUGAUGCAGCUAAAGUUGCCGAGGUUCAUGCUGAGAAAGUAGAAAUUUAUGCAGCUGAAUUGACGCAGUUGAAGGCCUUACUAGAUUCAACACAAGAAACAAAAGCCAGUGAUAAUAACCUUAUAUUGAAGUUGAAAGCAGAGAUAGAAGCUCUCAAGAAAGAACUCGAUAAGGGAAUGAGUUAUGAUGAGAGGUUGACAGAGAAAGAAACUAAGAUUGAACAGCUUAAUGUAGAACUUGAAACCUCAAGGAUGGCUGAAUCUUAUGCAAACAGUCUGCUAGAGGAGUGGAAAAAGAAGGUUGAGGAACUAGAAAUGAGGGUUGAAGAAUCAAACAAGUUGGAGAGAUCUGCAUCAGAAUCCUUGGAAUCUGUAAUGAACCAGCUAGAAGAAAGCAAUUAUCUGUUGCAUGACGCAGAAUCUGUAGCUGCUUCUCUUAAAGAGAAGGUGGGAUUGUUAGAAAUGACAAUUGUGAGACAAAAAGCCGAUCUUGAGGAUUCAGAACGCCGUCUUCUUAUGGCCAAGGAAGAAAAUCUUGAAAAGUCAAAGAAGGUUGAGGCUCUUGAAUCCGAACUUGAGACAGUUAAGGAAGAAAAAGAUCAGGCUUUGAACAAUGAACAGCUUGCAGCCUCUCAUGUGCAGACCCUGUUAGAAGAGAAAAACAAACUCAUCAAUGAAUUGGACAAUUCUAGGGAAGAAGAAGAAAAAAGCAAAAAGGCAAUGGAAAGCUUAGCUUCUGCAUUACAUGAAGUAUCUGCUGAAUCUAGAGAAGCCAAAGAAAAUUUUCUAAGCACCCAAGCUGAAAGGGAAAGCUAUGAGAACCAGAUUGAAGAUUUGAAGUUAGUCUUAAAAGGUACCAAUGAAAAAUAUGAGUCAAUGCUUGACGAAGCGCAGCAUGAAAUUGAUGUUCUCAUAGACAGUAUUGAAAAUUCUAAGAAUGUGUUUGAGAACUCGAAGGCUGAGUGGGAUCAGAGAGAGCUUCAUCUAGUCAGCAGCCUAAAGAAAACCGAAGAAGAGAAUGCGGCCGCGGAAAAAGAAAUAAAUAGAUUGGUUUAUUUGCUUAAACAAACUGAGGAAGAAUCUAAUGCCAACAGGGAGGAAGAAGCUCAGUUGAAGGAAAAUCUGAAGGAAGUUGAGACCGAGGCAAUCCAUCUGCAGGAAGCUCUAAAGGAAGUAACGUCUGAGAACGUGAAACUGAAGGAGAAUAUAUUGGACAAAGAGAAUGAAAUGCAGAAUCUUUUUCAAGAAAACGAUGAACUCCGAGCUAGGGAAGCCGAAUCUAUUAAGAAGGUGGAGGAGUUGUCAAAGUUACUGGAUGAAGCUACAACCAGAAAUCACACUGAGCAUGAAAAUGGUGAUCUUUCGGACAGUGAAAAGGACUAUGAUUUGCUUCCUAAAGUAGUUGAAUUUUCUGAAGAGAAUGGUCAUGGAUAUGGAGGAGAGGAAAUUCCAAAGGUUGUUGAGCUUUCCCUCAAACAGGAAGAAUUCAAACAUAACGUACUAGAAGAAAGUAUGAUCUUGAAUGACAAAGCUGACGAGAAAAUCGAAUCUCCUAAACCUGUGAAAAUGAAUGGAAAACCAAAGGAAGACGAGAGCAAAGAAAAGGAUGAUCCAGAAGAAGUAGAAUUCAAAAUGUGGGAGAGUUGCACAAUAGAGAAAAAGGAGUUCUCUUUCUCACCAGAGAGAGAACUUCCAGAGGCUAAAUCAUUGGAAGAAGAAACUGAGUCAAAGACAGAAGAAGGUGGUGAUGGUGAGGGCUUUGAUAAGAUAAAUGGAACAACUGUUAUAGAGAACAUUGAUAAUGGUGGAAGCUCACCAGUAAAAGAAGAACAACAACAACAGUUGAAGAAGAAGAAGAAAGCUUUGCUUGGAAAAUUUGGAAGCUUGCUCAAGAAGAAAGGUGGUAGCAACCAAAAAUAGAAACAACAUUCAAUUCAAAUUUGUGUGCAUAAUGAUUGAACAACAUUCAUUUGUUUGCAAUUGUUUUCUUCAUGUUUUUUUUUUUUGUUUUUUUUUUUUUGUUUCUAUAUAGAAAUAUAGAUUUUAUAAGAAAUGGGCUUGUAAUAUUGUUUAGGAUUUUUUGGCUUUGGUUGUGGUUCUCCAUAUCAUGUUGGUAGCAAAGUGUAUGUGAUGUUGAUUCAAAUCCAACUAUUCUUUUUCCAACA